GAAUCAUUAGCAAAAGGGUUGGAAUCACUUUGUUCAGGGGACAUGCGUUUGUCUCUUGAAGAAGGACAAAAAUGGUCUUGCAUUCUGCUUCCAUGGGUAUUUAGGGAAACUUCAUCUGAUGCUAUUAGAUCUUCUGCAAUCACAAUCCUUUCUCGUAUCUGUGAAGAUUAUGGGCCUUCUUCCAUUCCCAUUUCCCAAGGUUGGUUAGCUAUUAUGCUUUCAGACAUUCUCAAAUCCAGAAAGUUAUCUCUUAAAGGGAGUGCUCAACCUAGGGACAAAGUCAAGACACAAAUCGAUCAGGCAAAUGUACUUUCUGGUACCCAAAGUGUGAACCAAUUGGCUAGUGCUGUGGUCAACUUAGCAGUCAAUGGUGAUUCAUUUGCUUUGGAAGAUUUUCUUACCCUUGAACCAUUUAUUAACACAUUCAAAAAUCUAAAGAAAGGAAAUAUCCCUAAAGUGAAUGCUUUAGAUUCUGCACUUGCAACUUUAAAGGGUAUCAAAGCAAUGACAGUGUUUUCACGUGUGUGAUUGAAAGUAGGUGGGAGAAAGACUCGACAUCUAACCUUAGAUUUGCAAGGCUGAAUCUUGUUGAUCUGGCUGGUUCAGAAAGG